CUUCUCGCUCCUCUGCCCAUUUAUUACUCUCCCUUCUCUGCUUUCCUUUCUCCUACUCCAAAAUUGCUCCACAUUCCAGCCGUCUUCCAUCAAUCAUGGACACCGAAGACCCAAACCCGUCACAAAAACCCACCCCAAUAACCCGUCUAAACACCUUCAUCGCAACCAGCCGGGUCGGAAAACGCUUUAAACUCACGCAACGUAAAACAACUUUCACUACCGAACUCCGCGCCGGAACCGCCACUUUCCUUACCAUGGCUUACAUCUUAGCAGUUAACGCUUCCAUUUUAGCCGAUUCAGGCGGGCCAUGCUCUGUUUCAGAUUGUAUUCCACUCUGCUCCGACCCAAAUUUCCCUACCUCAAACUGUUCGGGCCCCACCCGUCAUGUCAUAAUCCCUGACGAAACCUGUAAAUUUGACCCGGUUAAUCCCGGGUAUAAUUCUUGCUUAACGACGAUCCGAAAAGAUCUGAUCGUAGCCACCAUAGCAUCCUCCAUAAUCGGGUGUUUUGUCAUGGGUAUAUUCGCUAAUUUACCUUUAGCGUUGGCUCCGGGAAUGGGGUCUAACGCUUACUUCGCUUAUACCGUCGUUGGUUUUCACGGGUCGGGUAAUAUCUCGUACGAAACUGCUCUUACUGCUGUUUUGAUCGAAGGAAUAAUAUUUUUCAUGAUUUCUGCUGUUGGAAUUCGGGCAAAAUUCGCUAAGUUUGUACCUAAACCUAUCCGAAUCUCUUCCGGGGCAGGAAUCGGGUUAUUCCUCGCAUUUAUCGGGCUACAAAACAGUCAAGGAAUCGGAUUAGUUGGUUACAGUGGAUCAACUCUGUUAUCACUCGGUGGGUGUCCGAGUUCAUCCCGAGUUUCACUCGCUCCAAUUCAAACAUUUCUAAACGGUACCGUUUCACUCCUUCCCGGCGGAACAAUUUCCGACGAUAUAUACUGCUUAAACCACCGUAUGGAAAGUCCAACAUUAUGGUUAGGAAUCGUCGGUUUUGUAAUCAUUGCAUAUUGCCUUGUUAAAAACAUUAAAGGAGCAAUGAUAUACGGCAUCGUUUUCGUCACCGCCGUGUCCUGGUUUCGGAACACCCAAGUCACGGUGUUUCCCGACACUGAAGCCGGAAACGCUGCGUUUCGGUACUUUAAACAGGUUGUUGAUGUUCACACUAUCAAAAAAACUGCCGGUGCCCUUAGUUUUAAGGGGUUCGGUAAAGGACCCUUUUGGGUUGCACUAAUCACAUUUUUUUACGUCGAUAUUUUGGAUACAACAGGGACACUUUCAUCUAUGGCUAGAUUCGCUGGCUUUAUGGACGAAAACGGAGAUUUCGAAGGCCAAUAUCCGGCGUUUAUGAGCGACGCUUUUUCGAUCAUUAUAGGAUCACUUCUAGGAACGUCACCGGUAACUGUUUUUCUAGAAUCGUCAACGGGAAUACGUGAAGGUGGGAGAACAGGGAUAACGGCGUUAACGGCAGGUUUUUAUUUUUUCUUGGCACUUUUCUUUACGCCAUUAUUAGCGUCAAUACCAGCUUGGGCAGUCGGACCGCCAUUGAUUUUGGUGGGUGUUUUGAUGAUGAAAUCAGUGGUUGAUAUUAAUUGGGAUGAUAUGAGAGAAGCAAUUCCUGCAUUUGUGACACUAAUUUUGACACCUUUUACUUAUUCAAUUGCUUAUGGGUUAAUUGGAGGAAUUGGGACAUAUAUUGUAUUACAUCUUUGGGAUUGGAUUAGGGUUUUAUUAACUAAAUUUGGAUUUGUUCAAGAAAAGUUGACAAAUGGUGGAAUUGAGAUUAAUGGAGGUAGUAGUAAUAGUAAUCAUGGUGAUAGUAAAGUUGAUGGAAGUAUUAGACCACUUGAUGUAUAGUAUUACUUCAUUCAUUAUGAAAUAUUCGCACUUAAUUGACAUAUUGUCUGAGAAAAUAUGACUACUAGUGGCACGUAGAAUAGAAUGGAGGAAGUAAUUGCUAAUAUUAGUAGUUAUUACUUUUUAAUAUAGGACAAAAUUGAAUUUUUUAUUUGAAUUGAAUUUUGGUUAUUUUAUUUAUUAGGUAAUUUUGAUUUUUUGUUGAAGGAAUGGGUGAAAAGGAUUAAGGGGAUUGGUGAUGAAUUAGAUUCAUAUUGAUGUACAAAUGUUUAGUCAUAUAAAAGUAAAGGUUGGAAACUUUUUUAAUGGUAUAUUCUCUUUUUAGCUUGUUU